AUGGGCCAGGCCCCUGUCUGGCGGCUCGUCAUGAGGGACCCUCGAAAACCAAGAAUCUACAUCCAGAUGGAGGCGAGAUUACCAGACCAGAAGAACAAGGUCCGCCAGGCCCUCGAGUGCUUCCCCCCAGAACAAGUCCGCCACAAGGGACACCGAGCCCAAAACGAUCUCCUUACCCGGCGCUCCCUUCCAUGCCCGGCCAGUUCAGCGCUUGGCGGCGGCGGAAGAGGGCGCUCCUUGAGAACAACUAAAAUAAUGACAAUGAUUAACCGGAAAAAAGUUAUUCUCCAAAUGGUCGUUUUAGCGAUCGUAGUCCCAUUUGGUCUGCUGUAUGGAAUUAAACAUAUUGACUUUGCUCCUUCAAGUGAAUACCAGGUCGCAGAUACCAGAUCAUUCGACGAAUCUAGGGGAAAAACCGGCAUUACCCUGGAACCUAGGGGAAAUACCACUUCGCCUAGGGGAAUAUUCGCCACUUUCUCGAAGACACGAGACGAUCCUAGGGUGAAAUCGACCGACAUUUUCGGGGAAACGGACCCAUUUAGGGAAGAAACCCAAGGGACGCCGGCAAAAGGCCUUAAAAUCCUGCUCCUGAGUUCUGUCGGGAGAAGCGGGUCGUCGCUGUUCGGGGAACUUUUGGCUCAAAUGCCCAAGACGCUUUAUUUCUUCGAGCCACUUAUGUUUUUCCAGAAACGAACGGCCGAGGGCGUGCAGCCGAGGUCGACCCUCCCCCUCCUGCAGAAGGUCUACGGCUGCGCGUGGGGCCCAGAGGACGCGCGCUGGGCCUCCUUCGGCGCCUCCAGAAGCCUCGCCAGGCAAAAUGGCCGCCAGCCGGUGUGCGUCCUCGAGAGCGGCGAGAGGGUCCUGGAUUGCUUGAGGAACACGUGUUUGCAGAACACCAACAUAGUGGUCAAGGUCAUCCGCAUGCGCGUGGCGUGGCUGAGCAGCCUCCUGAGCGAGGGCGACUCCUCCGUCAGGGUGGUGCACCUCGUCAGGGAUCCGCGAGGGGCGUUCCUGUCGCUCCAGAGGCAGGGCAUGAAACAGAAGAACCCGAGGGAGUGGUGUCCGGCCAUCCUGCAGGAUGUGAAAUUAGUGAACGAGACCAAGCACCGAUUCCCGGAUUCGUUCACAUCCAUCAAAUACGAAGACUUUUGCAGGGAUCCUAAGGGAGUGGCCGCCAGCCUCUGGAAGUUCAUCUCCGGCGACGCCCAAGCCUCCCUCCCGCAGUCGUGGCUCAACUACCUGAAGGUGCACACCGACCCGGCGCAGAGCAGACCCUGGAAAAGAUUCGGGACUCUCAGAAACACCCAGAGACAGACACAGGCUUGGCGGAGAAAAAUAUCCGGCACGUUUUUGAGGGAGGUUGAGACAGCGUGCGGGGAAGUGAUCGAUGCUUUGGGCCAUAGACGGUUUCCCAGUUUGAGGGAAGUCAGGAAUUUCUCCAUUCCGUUGAUGCGAUAGAUAAAGGGUCUUAUUUAAUGACGUGUGUGUGUGUGUGAGGGGGGUGAUUGUGUGUGUUUUUUUAUGUGCGUGUGUUCGUUUGUUUGAUUGGGUUUGUAUGUGUGUUUGUUUGUGUUUAUGUCUGUGAGUGAGCAAUUGUUUGUGUGUGUGUGUUUGUUUGUGUGUGUGUGUGUGUGUGUGUGUGUGUGUGUGUGUGUGUGUGUGUGUGUGUGUGUGUGUGUGUGUGUGUGUGUGUGUGUGUGUGCGUGUGUGUACAAGAAAGGGUCUUCAUUAACAUAUCACAUCAUCAACAAACAAAAUGUUAUAAUUUGUUGACAAAUAUGAUACAAAAUAUUUACAAUAGAUUACCUGUACCUCAAAUAAUUUAUAUAACUUAACCUGUAUCUUUAUUUACAUAUAUAUAUUACCUUUCAACUGAAAAGAAUGUACAGUGUGAGUCACAUUAUGAAAUUUCAGUGAAAGUUCUGUGUAAUGGUUAGAGAGGAUAUAUUUUUUAAAGUGCUUCCAUAUAGUAUAUUCUGUAAAUAUCAUUUCAAUAAAGCCCAGAUAUAUAAUAUAUAAACGUGUGAGAUUUCUUUAUAUCAUGAAACUGUUUACGAAUAAAACGUGGUAAUUA